AUGGAGCAGGUGGACGAACUGGAGCUGCUAAUGGAGAAGAGUUUCGGAGAUAAGGCUGCGCCGCCGGCGGAGCUAUUUCAGAAGAAGAAGGUGGAAGCUUCCUUUUCUAAAACAGUUCUGAGCCGAGGAUUGGAUAACCGGUACCUGGUAUUAGCAGUCAAUAUUGUACAGAAUGAAGAAGGAAACCAUGAAAAGCACCUAAUCAUCACUGCUUCGCAGUCGCUAGAAUAUAAAGAACUGUGUAUCCUUAGGAAUGACUGGUGCUCUGUACCAGUAGAGGCAGGGGACAUCAUUCAUUUGGAGGGAGACUGCAUAUCCGAUACUUGGAUAAUAGAUGAAGAUUUUGGAUAUUUGAUUCUGUAUCCAGACAUGCUGAUUUCUGGCACAAGCAUAGCCAGUAGUAUUCGAUGCAUGAGAAGAGCUGUCCUGAGUGAAACAUUUAAGAGCUCUGAUCCAGCCACACGCCAAAUGCUGAUUGGUACGGUUCUCCAUGAAGUAUUUCAAAAAGCAAUAAGUGAUAGUUUUGCCCCAGAAAAGCUACAAGAACUUGCUUUUCAAACUGUUCAAGAAAUAAGGCAUCUCAAGGAAAUGUACCGCCUAAAUCUGAAUCAAGAUGAAAUAAAACAAGAAGUAGAGGAGUAUCUUCCUUCAUUUUCUAAAUGGGCUGGAGAUUUCAUGCAUAAACAUACUUCAACUGACUUCCCUCAGAUGCAGCUCUCUCUGCCAAGUGAUGGUAGUAACGGUAAUUCAACAUGUAAUAUCGAAGUUAUAAACUCACUGGAUAUUGAAGAAAGCAUUUGGUCUCCUAGGUUUGGAUUGAAGGGCAAAAUAGAUGUUACAGUUGGCGUGAAGAUACAUCGAGGAUGUAAAACGAAAUAUAAGAUAAUGCCACUGGAACUUAAAACUGGCAAAGAAUCAAAUUCUAUUGAACACCGUAGUCAGCUUGUUCUGUACACACUGCUAAGCCAAGAGAGGAGAGCUGAUCCAGAGGCUGGCCUGCUUCUCUACCUGAAGACCGGCCAGAUGUAUCCUGUACCUGCCAACCAUCUCGAUAAAAGAGAAUUAUUAAGGCUAAGAAACCAGAUGGCAUUUUCUUUGUUUCAUCGUAUUAACAAAUCUGCUACUGGAGAGGAGAAGACAAAGCUUGCUCCUUUGCCACAAAUAAUUGAGGAACAGCAGACCUGUAAAUAUUGUUCACAGAUGGGCAACUGUGCUCUUUAUAGCAGAGCGGUUGAACAACAGAUGGAUGACAGUUCAGUCCCGACCAGCAUGCAGCCCAAAAUAAAAGAAGAAACCCAGCAUCUAAAACUUAAACACUUAGAGUAUUUCAGCCUUUGGUGUCUAAUGUUAACCCUGGAGUCACAGUCAAAGCAUAAUACAAAAAAUUACCAAACUAUAUGGUUAACGCCUGCUUCAGAUAUGGAGGAGAGUGGCAGCUGCAUUAGGAACCUGAUUAGAACAGAACAUGUAAAGACAGUUUGUGAUGGACAAUAUUUACAUAAUUUCCAACAUAAACAUGGUGCCAUGCCUAUCACAAAUCUAAUGGCAGGUGACAGAAUUAUUUUAAGUGGAGAAGAGAGAACAUUGUUUGCUUUGUCUAGGGGGUACAUGAAGGAGAUUAACAUGACAACUGUAACCUGUUUAUUAGACAGGAACUUGUCAGGACUCCCAGAAUCAACUUUGUUCAGAUUGGACCAGGAAGAAAAACAUUGUGAUAUAGAUACCCCAUUAGGAAAUCUUUCUAAACUGAUGGAAAAUACUUAUGCCAGCCAAAAACUUCGAGAUUUAAUCAUUGACUUUCGCGAACCGCAGUUUAUAUCCUACCUCAGUUCUGUUCUUCCACAUGAUGCAAAGGACACAGUUGCCUGCAUUCUAAAAGGUUUGAAUAAGCCUCAAAGGCAAGCCAUGAAAAAGGUACUUCUUUCAAAAGACUACACCCUCAUCGUGGGUAUGCCUGGAACAGGAAAAACAACUACAAUAUGUACUCUUGUAAGAAUUCUCUAUGCCUGUGGUUUUAGUGUUUUGUUGACCAGCUAUACACACUCGGCUGUUGACAAUAUUCUUUUGAAGUUAGCAAAGUUUAAAAUUGGAUUUUUGCGCUUGGGUCAGACUCAGAAGGUACAUCCAGAUAUCCAGAAAUUUACAGAGGAGGAUAUUUGCAGAUCAAAAUCCAUUAGAUCCUUAGCUCUUCUAGAAGAACUCUACAAUAGUCAACUUAUAGUUGCAACAACAUGUAUGGGAGUAAACCAUCCCAUAUUUUCCCGUAAAACUUUUGAUUUUUGUAUAGUGGAUGAAGCCUCUCAAAUUAGCCAACCAAUUUGCCUAGGGCCACUUUUUUUUUCACGGAGAUUUGUGUUGGUCGGGGAUCAUCAGCAGCUUCCUCCCCUGGUACUGAACUGCGAAGCAAGAGCUCUUGGCAUGAGUGAAAGCUUAUUCAAGAGGCUGGAACAGAAUAAGAAUGCUGUCGUACAGUUAACCGUGCAGUACAGAAUGAACAGUAAAAUUAUGUCCUUAAGUAAUAAACUGACAUACGAAGGAAAGCUGGAGUGUGGAUCAGACAAAGUGGCCAAUGCAGUGAUAAACCUACCUAACUUUAAAGAUGUAAAGCUGGAACUGGAGUUUUAUGCUGAUUAUUCUGAAAAUCCUUGGCUGGUUGAAGUUUUUGAGCCAAAAAAUCCUGUUUGUUUUCUUAACACAGACAAGGUUCCAGCACCAGAACAAGUUGAAAAGGGAGGUGUCAGCAAUAUAACAGAAGCCAAACUUGUUGUUUUCCUGACCUCAAUUUUUAUUAAGGCUGGUUGUAAUCCCUCUGAUAUUGGUAUCAUUGCACCAUACAGGCAACAGUUAAAAGUCAUCAAUGAUUUAUUGGCACAUUCUUCUCUUGGGAUGGUCGAAGUUAAUACAGUAGACAAAUACCAAGGAAGAGACAAAAGUAUCAUUCUAGUAUCUUUUGUUAGAAGUAGUAAAGAUGGAACUCUUGGUGAACUGUUGAAAGAUUGGCGACGUCUUAAUGUUGCUAUAACCAGAGCCAAACAUAAGCUGAUUCUCCUGGGAUGUGUGCCCUCACUAAACCGCUAUCCUCCUUUGGGGAAACUACUUUAUCAUCUAAACUCAGAAAAAUUAAUCAUUGAUCUUCCAUCAGGAGAACAUGAAAGUCUUUGUCAUAUAUUGGGUGAUUUUCAAAGAAGAUAAAGCACUGUUUUCCUUGCUUUUUCCAAACCAUCAUGAUCUUCUCCAACUGUUGCCUAUUUAUAAUUUGGAUAUGCUGUAAAAUCAGUGCCUGGUUACACUGUGAAGAUAACUUUUAUCCCAAGGGUAAGAAAUGAUGUAAAUAUACUCUU